AUGAAGGACGCCCUCCUGAGAGAUAAAUGGGCACGGGAGGAAGGCAUUAUUUGCUUUGAAAUGGAAGCUGCCGGACUCAUGGACUCGUUUCCCUGCCUUGUCAUUCGAGGCGUCUGCGACUAUGCUGAUUCCCAUAAGAACAAGGUCUGGCAGCCGUACGCUGCGGCGACAGCAGCAUGCUAUGCAAAAGAACUCCUUCACGUUAUUUCAGGGCAGGGAGUUAUGAGUAUGGAUCCAGUGAAGCAGAUUCAAAAAUCUCUAAAUGAAAUGCGUGAUUUUGUUAAAGACACGAGUGCUGUGGUGCAGACUCUCAGCAAUAAUAACAGGCAGCGAGAAGUCUUUGACAAGCUACCAUAUGAAAAAGGCUCGAGUUUUGAUUCGUCUGAUGCCGAACAUGAUUCGAGAUGCCACCCAAAAACAAGAAUCAAACUCCUUCAUCAGAUCAUGGACUGGGCCGAAGAUCCAAGUUCGGAAUGUAUAUUCUGGUUGAAUGGAAUGGCAGGAACAGGGAAGUCCACGAUUUCUCGAACAAUAGCCCAUUGCUUUAAGGAGAAGAACCAACUUGGCGCCAGCUUCUUCUUCAAACGCGGAGAGGGUGGCCGCGAUACUGCCAAGAAGUUUUUUACCACAAUUUGCAAACAGCUUCUGGUCCAUAUUCCUGCACUUUUUCGCCCUGUGGAACUUGCGAUUAACGCAAACCCUUUGAUCUCAGACAAAGCGAUGAAAGAGCAAUUCACUAAGCUGCUCCUUGAGCCACUUCUCAGCCUGGAUCAAAAGGAGCCCGCAACCAUUGUGAUUGUGAUCGAUGCGUUAGAUGAAUGUGGAAUUUCCGAGUAUUUAUCACAAGCCGUCCGGAACUGCCAAUUCGUGCUGUCUUCGAACAAAGUAACAAUCAUCGACGCCUAG